AUGGCAUUGGUGGCGUUAGUGGUCUUCGCCACUUUCAACCAAUUGGUACAGCUCCGAAGACCCCUACAAUGGGCAGUGUUAUGUUCCAUCCCUCUCAGGGGCAUUCACCAGACCCUUGUUGCCUUCUUGUCCGAAACACUGCACUUAGGCCUCAAACAAACUCUUCUUUCUGUUCAUGUUGCUGUUAUCACAAUUUUUUUGGGUACCCUUCUUAAGAUCCGUGAAGCUUCUUUCAGCUUCAUUCUACGGAAACCAAGGCCUCAGAACCACUCCACUGGGAGGCGUAGUGGGUUUUCCAACUUGCUUGGUUUGCUUUUGUGUUUUUGGUUAUUCAUCAUUGCUUAUGAGAGUCUUGGUGGUUUUGGGGCUUUCACCUUUCUUGGGUUGGGCUUUAUUUUCACCUCAAAAAAUAUUGUUUCCACUUUGUCUUCUUUCAGGAGCAGUAGCUUCAGGCACAGUGAAAUCAGUGUUUCUUUCACCACAGCGGUAUUGAAGAGGUUGAAAAUUAUUGUGGCAUUUGGGCUUAUUGUUUGUAUGGUUGUUGGGUUUUCGGCUGGGGUGAUUUUCUUUUCUUAUAAGAUUGGAGUUGAAGGGAAAGAUGCGGUGAUGUCUCUGAAAUUGCAUGUGAAAGAGAGCAAUUAUGCUGAGAAAGUUGGUGUCAAGAAGUGGUUGAACGAGAAUGAUGUUUGUGGGAUGGUGGAAAGUUACGCUACCAAGUUACAAGAGACGGUGUUUGAUUUGGCUGCACAGUAUAAUAUGACUGAAUUUCUGAUUGGCAUCACGAAUUUUGUGAUCACCCGUAAGGCAUGUGUAUCUCAAAGGGUUUUUGCUAGUAAUAUACUUAUUCUUGGAAGCAAUGCCAAAUUGAUGUUUUCCAUUGCAAAUUUCAUGAUCUUCGGAGCAGCAGAGGUUUGCAAUUUUAUAUCUCAGUUAAUGGUAUUCAUUUCGGUUUUGUAUUAUCUAAUCAUAUCAGAGUCUGGUGGGCUAAUAGCACAAGUGAUUGGCAUGCUUCCAAUUUCAAACCACACAAGGGUUAGAUGUGUUGAAAUUUUGAAUAAAGCUAUUUCAGGAGUCCUUUUUGCCAUUGUCCAGAUUGCAUUUUUUCAGGGAUGUUUUACUUUGCUUCUAUUUAGGUUAUUCAAAAUACAUUUCUUGUAUAUGUCAACUGUCCCUGCCUUCAUCAGUCCUAUGCUGCCAACAUUUCCAUCUUGGUUUGUAACAAUCCAAGCAGCUGUGCAACUAGUGAUGGAAGGAAGAUACAUGGUUGCCAUUGUCUUGUCUGUUAUUCACCUUUUCCUCAUGAAUUAUGUGGCAUCAGAAAUUCUUGAAGAUAUGCCUGGGAAUUUUGCACAUCUUACUGGGCUGAGCAUCAUUGGGGGAAUGAUGUUGUUCCCAACUAAUCUAGAGGGUGCUAUUUUGGGCCCAUUGAUAAUUGCCGUUAUGAUUGCUAUGAAGGAUUUGAAUGCUGAAUUCAUUUUGGGAAGAAACCAAGCACCAGCGGAAGCUGAAAUUGUUGUGGGCUGA